AAACACAACUGUUUUCAUGGCGUCAUGGCGUCGCUUGUCAGGCGUUGAUUUUUUUUGUCUGGUAUUCAUGUGCGUGAAUUAAAUGUUUAUUGUGCGUGAAUGUUGAAAAUUGUUUAUAGACAAUUGACUAUUAGUGUUUUUUAUGUGUAAAAAUUAAUUAAAAGAAAAGAAUGGCACAAAAAAAUCAACAAAACGUUGAAGAUGAUGAGGAAAUGGAGGUUGAUCAGGACGAGGAUGCUGGAUAUCCAUCCGAUGAGGAAGGUGGUCUUAGAAUUGAUGACGAAAUUUAUAUUCCACCGAGACCAACAGAAUUUGGCGAAGUCGACACAACUGGUCCACGUUUAAUGAUAACUCGCAUUAGUAAUGUGAAUUUUAAAAGUUAUGCGGGAGAACAAAUUGUUGGACCAUUUCACAAGUGUUUCUCAGCGAUUGUUGGUCCAAAUGGAAGUGGAAAAAGUAACGUGAUCGAUUCAAUGCUCUUUGUUUUUGGUUACAGAGCAAGUAAAAUUCGUUCGAAAAAAAUUUCUGUUCUCAUUCACAAUUCUAGUGAACAUCUUAAUGUUAAAAGUUGCACCGUUUCUAUUCAUUUUCAACAAAUUAUUGAUAAGGAAGGCGACGAUUAUGAAAUUGUUCCCAAUAGUCAAUUUGUAAUUUCACGAACCGCUUUUAAGGACAGUUCCUCAUAUUAUCAAUUAAAUGGUAAAAAAGUGGUUUUCAAAGAAAUUGCCAAACUUCUUCGUUCUCAUGGCGUUGAUUUGGAUCAUAAUCGAUUUUUAAUUCUACAGGGCGAAGUCGAACAAAUUGCCCUAAUGAAACCAAAAGGCCAAGGUGAAGGUGAUUCGGGCCUUCUUGAAUUUCUCGAAGAUAUUAUUGGCACAAAUCGCUAUAAAGAACCACUUGAAAAAUUAAAUGAAAAAGUCGAAAUAAUGACUGAUCGACGCACUGAAAAAUUACAUCGUCUACGCCUUGUUGAGAAAGAAAAAAAAGAUCUCGAAGAACCAAUGCAGGACGCUGUACAAUUUUUAAAAAUUGAAAAUUCCAUUAUAAAAUAUCAACAUCAACUUUAUCAUCGUAAACGUAUGUUGGCAAAACAAGAACUCGAUGAAGAGGAGAAAAUUCGUGAGAAUCAAGAGAAAGAAUACAAUGAAUUAAUGGAAGAAAUGAAAAAAAUACACAAUGAAAAAAAUGAAAAACAAAAGGAAUUCAAAGAAAAGGGUAAAAAAUGGGAAUUAUUGCAAAAUGAAAAAGAUGAAAAAACAGCGAAAUUCGAUGAAAUACGUAAAAAAGAUCAAGCAUUACAAGAGGAAUUAGUUGAGACAAAUAAUCGACGUAAAAAAAAUAAAGCAUCAGUUAAAACUGAAAUGUCAAAACUUGAAGAACUUGAAAGAAUUCCUGAGAAAAAUGCCAAAGAUAUUGAAGAAUAUGAGGAAUUAAUAAAAAAAAGUAGUGUCGAGAGAGAAAAAGAAGAUGAGGCAUUAAAAACAAUGAUGAGUAGUUUAAAGGAAAAAACUGAACCAUUAUUGAAGGAGCGUAAAAAACAAGAGACGGCGCUCAUUGAAUUUAGAAAAAAAGUUGAUGAGGCAAAAUCGGCAUUUGAUAUUGCUCAAUCUGAAUUACAACUCUAUACAUCUGAGGAGGAGAAGGAAAAGGGGAAAUUACAGCAAUUACAAGAGGCUUUAACUAGAACGAUCGAGACAUUGGAGGAGAGACGCAAACAAUUACAGGAAUUAGAGAAGAAAAUUCCGGGCACAGAAAAAAGUCUCGCGGAAGUUGAACGUAAAUUAGAUGAUAUAAAAACGCGCGAAGCCGAAGCAACACAACGAUUACGUGCAAAACGUGUACAAUUUGAUGAGCAAAAAUCAUCAAUGCAAGCAAGUCGAUCGCGAAAUCGUGUACUCGACGCUCUAAUGACAGAGAAACGUAAAGGACGUAUGCCCGGUAUAUUUGGUCGUUUAGGUGAUUUAGGAGCAAUUGAUGCGAAAUACGAUGUGGCAAUAUCCACAGCAUGUGGUCCACUUGAUAAUGUUGUCGUUGAUACAGUGAGUACCGCGGAAAUGUGUAUAAAAUUUCUACGCGAUAAUGAUCUUGGUCGUGCAACAUUUAUUCCCCUCGAGAAACAACAACGUUUUGCACAACAAUGUCGUCAACGUAUACAAACACCGGAAAAAGUACCGCGUCUCUUUGAUUUAAUUCAAGUUGAAGAUGAAAGAGUAUUGCCGGCAUUUUUUUAUUCAUUGCAAAAUACACUUGUUGCCGAUGAUCUUGAGCAAGCGACAAGAAUUGCUUACGGUUCACAACGUCAUCGGGUGGUUACGCUAAAGGGUGAAUUAAUUGAACUUGCGGGAACAAUGAGUGGUGGUGGUCGUUCUUGUUUACGCGGUCGUAUGGGUCAACGUGUCGUUAGAAAUGAACCCAGUGCAACGGACAUUGAAAAUCUUCAAAUUGAACUCGAUCAACUCUUUACCGAGGCGAAUCAACUUAAAAUGCAACAAAAUCCCCUUGAAAAUCAACAUCAUACUUUAACGAUUGCCCUUCGUGAAAUGAAAAUUGAUCGCGAUAAAUUUAAAAUCGAAGUACAAGCACUUAGCGAACAGGAACCACUUCUAAAGCAACAAUUAAAAACCCAAGAAGCAAAAGCUAAAGCAGCGGUACCUGAUCCCAAGAAGGUUAAGGAAUUAACAAAAAUUGUGACAGCAGCCGAAAAAACACUUGAAAAUGCUGAGGAAGAAUCAAAAUCAACUGAAGAUAAAGUGACAAAAAUAAAUAAUGAAAUCGAUGGUAUUGCCGGUAAUCGUGUUAAAUUACAACAGAAAAAAAUUGCCGAUCUUACUAAAACAAUUGACAAAGCAAAUGGUGAAAUUGUCCGUCUUAAUGUGGCAAUUAAAACAGCUGCACGUAAUACAACAAAAACACAACAAAGAAUUGAAAGUCUUGAAACAGAUGUCACAAAUUGUGAACAACGUAUAUUAGCCGCAAAAAAUGAAAAAGAAGAAUUUGAAAAAAUUGGCAAAGAAUUGCUUGAUGAUUUGAAAAAUUUAAAUGAUUCCCUACAAGAACGUGACGAAGCAACAGCUGAACUUAAAGAAAUAUUAAAUCGUCUUCAAACAAAUGAAAGUAAAUUAAAAUCAACAAAAAUUGAUUUUGAUCAAAAGAUUAAUGAAAUACGUAAGAAAAUUGAUGAUUUAGGUCAUAAAAUACCGGAAUUUACCAAAAGAAUACGUUCACUUAAAUUACAUGAUAUUCCCGAUUCACAACAAGAGGAAUUAAAAGAACUCACCGAUGAAGAAAUAGAAGAGCUUGAUGAAAAAACAAUAGCAUCAAAUUUACAACGUGCUAAAGAAAGAUUACCAGAAGAAAUUCCUAAUAUGCAAUAUAUCAAAGAUUAUCAGGAAAAAGAUAAAUUAUAUCUUUCGCGAGCUGCUGAAUUAGAUGAAAUAACAAAUCAAAGAAAUAAAUUACGUGAUAUUUAUGAAGAUGCAAAACGUCGAAGAAUGGAAGAAUUUCGCAAUGGUUUUAAAAUAAUAACAACAAAAUUAAAAGAAAUGUAUCAAAUGAUAACAUUAGGUGGUGACGCUGAACUUGAAUUAGUCGAUUCUUUAGAUCCAUUUAGUGAAGGUAUUGUUUUUAGUGUAAGACCACCAAAAAAAUCAUGGAAAAAUAUUAGUAAUUUAAGUGGUGGUGAAAAAACAUUAAGUUCAUUGGCAUUAAUUUUCGCACUUCAUCAUUAUAAACCAACGCCAUUUUAUUUUAUGGAUGAAAUUGAUGCGGCAUUAGAUUUUAAAAAUGUUUCAAUUGUUGGCAAUUAUAUUAAGGAACGUACAAAAAAUGCACAAUUUAUUGUCAUAUCAUUGAGAUUUAAUAUGUUUGAAUUAGCCAAUUAUUUAGUCGGUAUUUAUAAAACUUAUAAUUGUACAAAAUGUGCAACAUUGGAUGUUAAUAAGGCAUAUAAAACACAUUCAAUAACACCACCUGUACAAUUGAAUAAUAAUAAUAAUGCACAGGCGAAAAAUCGUUUUUUAACACAAACAUCACAAAAAAUGAGUCAACGUUCAAUUGAUCCUGAUUUAAGAGUGUCACAGGAUAUAAUACAACCAACGUGUUCGGAUGUUAUUGAUAUGCAAGAUGAAACAUCAGAUAAAGCAAAAAUAGAUGACGAUCCUCGUAAUGAUUUGCCGGAAAUUGAUAUUUUUCAAACACCGCGAAGAAUUUCCGAGGGACGAGAUAGACGAUCACUUUUAAGAAAUGAAUUAUUAUCGGAAGAUGAAAAUCAAGAAAAAUCCUCUGUCAAUGAAACCAGUGAUAAUGUGGAACCACAACCGAAAAAAAGAAGAUUACAACGUAAAAGAUCACGUUAACAUUAAAUUCAAUUCUAAAUAUAUAUAUUUAUAGUUGAUUGUAAAGAACAAAAAAAAUUAUUUUUAUGUUUAAUUUGAAUUUUUCUCUUCUAUUUUGUUGAUAGUUACGUAUUUCCUAAAAAAAAAGAAAAAUAAGUAUUUAAAAAAAAAAAAUAACGUCCAAUGGACAAUAUUUUUUUACAAUAUGAAAGUAUAUAUAUAUAUAUAUAUAUAUAUAUAUAUAUAUAUAUAUAUAUAUAUAUAUAUAUAUAUAUAUAUAUUAGAAAUACUAAUGUACAAAAAAAAGAAUCAGUUAAAUGAUAUAAAAAAAAAAAAUUUAAUAUAACUUAUUUUCUAUGAUAAAAAAAAAAUGAAAAUAAGUCUUUUUUCCAAAUAACUAUGUCCAGUGGGCAAUAUUUUUUUAUACGACGAAAGGAUAAUAGUUAUAUAUAUAUAUAUUUAGUGAAUAGUAAUGUAAAAAAAAGAAUUAAAAAUUAUGAAAACUAA